ACUCUCGCCCGGACGGCCGCGCGGACACACGCUCCGUACACACGAGCGCGGCGGCGCGGGGCCCCGAGACACGCCCGCCCCCACCCCGCCGCCCCCACCCCGGCGCCCGCCCUCCGCGCCUGGCCCCGGCCCGCCUUCGGCCUGCCCAGCCCCUCCCCGCCGCCCGCCGAGCCCGGUCAGCCGCCGCGAGCAUGCACCCGACGAGCUAGGAGGAAGCCCGGAGCCCCGCAGGAAGCGCCGAGGCCGGCCCAGCUCGCCGCACGCGCCGCCCCCCGCGGGCAGCGCCCCCUCCCCUGCGGGCGCCCCCAGCCCCACACCCCCCCACCUUCCCGGGGGGUGGGGGGGUGCGGGCCGCCGUAUCCGGGGGCCCCGCCGCCCCAGCAGCCCAGGACAGCCCCCUCUCCCCGCCCCCAGCCCCGUCCCCCGGCGCGGCCAUGGAUGUGACCAGCAGCUCGGGCGGCGGCGGCGACCCCCGGCAGAUCGAGGAGACCAAGCCGCUGCUGGGGGGCGACGUGUCGGCCCCCGAGGGCACGAAGAUGGGCGCCGUGCCCUGCCGCCGGGCUCUUCUGCUUUGCAACGGGAUGAGGUACAAACUGCUGCAGGAGGGCGACAUUCAGGUCUGUGUCAUCCGGCACCCGCGGACCUUUCUCAGCAAGAUCCUCACCUCGAAAUUCCUGAGGCGCUGGGAGCCGCACCACCUAACGCUGGCCGACAACAGCCUGGCGUCCGCCACGCCAACUGGGUACAUGGAAAACUCAGUCUCCUACAGCGCAAUUGAAGACGUUCAGCUGCUGUCCUGGGAGAAUGCCCCGAAGUACUGUUUACAGCUCACGAUUCCUGGGGGAACUGUCCUACUGCAGGCUGCCAACAGCUACCUGCGAGACCAGUGGUUCCAUUCUCUGCAGUGGAAGAAAAAGAUUUACAAAUAUAAGAAAGUGCUGAGUAACCCAAGCCGCUGGGAAGUUGUCUUGAAAGAGAUCCGGACCCUGGUGGACAUGGCCCUGACAUCCCCCCUGCAGGACGACUCCAUCAACCAGGCCCCACUGGAAAUCGUCUCGAAACUGCUCUCAGAGAACACAAACUUGACCACCCAGGAGCAUGAAAACAUCAUUGUGGCAAUCGCUCCUUUGCUGGAAAACAACCACCCACCACCAGAUCUCUGUGAAUUCUUUUGCAAGCACUGCAGAGAGCGGCCCCGGUCCAUGGUGGUCAUCGAGGUGUUCACCCCCGUGGUGCAGCGAAUCCUCAAGCAUAACAUGGACUUUGGGAAGUGCCCGCGACUGAGGCUGUUUACUCAGGAGUACAUCCUUGCCUUGAACGAGCUCAACGCGGGCAUGGAAGUGGUGAAGAAGUUCAUUCAGAGCAUGCACGGCCCCACAGGGCACUGCCCCCACCCCCGGGUCCUGCCCAACCUGGUGGCCGUGUGCCUGGCUGCCAUCUACUCCUGCUAUGAAGAGUUCAUCAACAGCCGCGACAAUUCCCCAAGCCUGAAGGAAAUCCGGAAUGGCUGCCAGCAGCCGUGCGACCGGAAGCCCACUUUACCUCUGCGCCUUCUGCACCCCAGCCCGGACCUGGUGUCUCAGGAAGCCACGCUGUCUGAGGCCCGGCUCAAGUCGGUGGUUGUGGCCUCCAGUGAGAUCCACGUGGAGGUGGAACGCACCAGCACUGCCAAGCCGGCGCUGACGGCCAGCGCAGGCAACGACAGCGAGCCCAACCUCAUCGACUGCCUCAUGGUCAGCCCCGCCUGCAGCACCAUGAGCAUCGAGCUGGGCCCCCAGGCCGACCGCACGCUCGGCUGCUACGUGGAAAUCCUCAAGCUGCUGUCGGACUAUGAUGACUGGAGACCGUCUCUGGCCAGUUUGCUUCAACCCAUUCCAUUCCCCAAAGAAGCUCUCGCACACGAGAAGUUCACCAAGGAACUGAAGUACGUGAUUCAGAGGUUCGCCGAAGACCCCAGGCAAGAGGUACACUCGUGCCUGCUGAGCGUGCGGGCCGGCAAAGAUGGCUGGUUCCAGCUCUACAGUCCCGGAGGGGUGGCCUGCGACGAUGACGGGGAGCUGUUCGCCAGCAUGCCCCGGAGUUUCCAGGGUAACACAAUGCCGAUCGUGAAGGUGGUGGUGGUGGUGGUGGUGGUGACGAACAUGACCCUUCACCAUAGCAACGCUCAGCAGCGACCCCUACCCCCACCCUACAAUUUUUCCAGAAAAGAAACUGGGAACAGUCCCCGCAGCCUGCCCCCGGCCCAGCCCUAUCCUUCCAGUGUCCACCCAGCAGGAGAAAGCCACCCAGACAGCAUCUCGAAGCUGGGGAGAGACAACUUCAAAGCCCUCCUUCGUGGAGGCAAAACUGACUCCCAGGGGGCCCUGGCCUGGCUCCAAUCCCAACAGCAGAAGCUGGAUUCUAACCCGGGUCAGAGAGGCAUGGGAUUGUUUAGGGGAAGUGAACGCAGCCCAGACCCCAGGGCUUGGUGGGCCGUGGGCCUCAGAGCCAGGCGCUGUCCCCAUCCCUUUCCUCCACCUCUGCCCCAGCCUGAGAGUCACUUCCCCAGGAGUGGCCAGGAGAAGGCUGAGGGUUUCUGUGCUCUACAGUUUGGAGACGCCGGCCUGCGGCUGCUGUCGGAACACCUCACCACGCUCCAGGUGCUGAACCUGUGCGAGACCCCUGUCACAGACGCUGGCCUGCUGGCCCUGAGCUCCAUGAAGAGUCUUUGCAGUUUAAACAUGAACAGCACCAAGCUCUCAGCUGACACCUACGAAGAUCUGAAGGCCAAGCUUCCCAAUUUGAAGGAAGUGGACGUCCGCUACACCGAAGCCUGGUGAAGCUCCCAGCUCAAGGCAGGAAGACGUUUGCAACCGCGACAAAAUAACUCUUGACUAACAGCCGCAGAGCAGCCGGUCCUGGGGUCCCACCCUGGUGCCCUGGCUGUGAGAUAGAUGGGGAGUCUUUCUGGGGGCGGAGGGGGGAGGGGGUGGGGAGGGGGCCCACAAGCACGCCCAGCCCCCGCCGAAUUCUUUUAGCUUCGUAAUUGGAACCUUUGACCUGAUCUAAAGUGGACUUUGUAGCAACAAGAGGAGCAUCAGCGGGUCGGGGAGGGGGUUGGGGGUGGGCUAGGGGGUGGGGGACCCUUUGUGGAUUUUCUUUGCCUUUGUGUUUGAUGCCGUCGUGUGGGAAAAGUCAACUCCGAUGCCACCAUUGCGGGCCGGACGAAGGAUGCUUUCUUCCUAGAGGCCCCGAGCUGAGCUUCGAACUCGCCCCCCACCCUUGGGACAAGAAGACCCAGUCACAUCACUGCACCCGUCCUGUGUCCUCACCAUUGCUAUGCAAAGUGAUUCUUGUUGUACAUAAGAUUUAAAUAAUGCACCUAUUUAAGACAUGUUGACAAAUUGCGGGUCUGGGAUCCGCCUCUUAUUUAUGAAGUCUUUGACCGUCCCCCCCACCCCGCCCUCCCGCCCCCCCUGGCGUGUAGUACUGUAUAAACCAGUCAGCUGUCGGGUUAGUGGUAGUAUUAUUGUUAUUUUUUUAAAGGAAACAAACAGACAACAAAAAGAAAAAAAAAAAAGAACCUCCUUGGAAAAAUUAAUUGCUUUUUCGUAAUGGAUUCUCUAUGCUAAUGCUCUCUCGUCUGUCUGUCUGUCUGCCCGCCUCCCCCACCCACCACUGUGCGUUUCUGAUUUCCAGAUGUGUCUCCAACUCCCUCACGAGGUGGGGCUCAGGCUGGAGGACGAGGGAUUGAGAUCCCCUUGCUCCACUAAGGCCCAAGCUCUUUCCCUCGGCACCUUUUAGACUUGAAUGGGAGGCUGCUAACCUGCCCUCUCCAGUCCACCCCGGUCAAAGAGCUGUUCCCCACCCCCAGGGAGCUCCUGUCCCUGUCAGCCUUUGCUGUACCCUGUCCCCAACGGAGACACUGUCACCCAUGGGCUCCCCCUGCCAUCGUGUGCUUCACGUGGCCCCAUGCAUGCCCGCCUCUCUGCAUGGUCUCUUGGGAAAAGAGAGAUACGUCGCCUCCGCCAGUCCGACUGCCGUCCCCCCCCACCCCACCCCCACAUGUGACCACUGCAACGAAGACGCUCCUUCUGUCUCCACGUGCUCCGAAGACAAACCAACCUCCAUUUCUUUUAUAAACAGUCGGCUUUUUCUUAACAAGCCCUCACUGUACAGAACAGCCCGUUGAUGGUUUAUUUGGGGUCCCCCCCCCCAGCCCUUUUUUCUGUUGGUUUAGCACAAAUACUUCCCUCCUCCGGCACCUCCAAACCUACCCCACAGUCAGUGUACUUGUUUUAUAUAUAUUUAAUCUUAUUCAAUGGAAACCAUGCUUUUGUCGUUUUAUACUUUGCUAGGUAGACUUUAUUACCCCCCUACUAUGCCCUCAUUUUUUUAAAAAAGGAAAAAAAAAAGAAAUUGGGUUCCAGUCUUAAUUCAUUUUCCGUGCCAGGUUUUAUUUUGUGUGGGUGUGAGUGUGUUCUGUUUUGUGUUUUGUUUUUUGUUGUUGUUUUUAGUUGUUUGGUUUUUUUUUUCCCCCCCUCCGGUCCCAUACUUCAUAGCACUCUGGUGCGGGAAGAAGCAGAAGCAAAAAAAAUAAAAAUAAAAAAUAAAAAAAUAAAAAAAAUAAAAAAGGAAAAAAAAAAGAAGAAACAAGACAUGCCACCUUUCCCCUCGCACUGUUGCUUUUCCUGAUGGUUAAUACUACUGUCACGUAGCUGUGUACAAAGAGAUGUGAAAUACUUUCAGGCAAAAAUAAACUGUAAGUGACUCAUCAA